AUGCUGCCAUUGGCCUCCAGCGACUCAGAGACUGCCACAGCCGCAGCCACCGAUGUCACCGUGGAGGUGAUCACCACCGCCAAGGAAAAGACUAUAACGAGAUCGUCGUCGUCGUCGUCAAAGCAAAGCUCAGACGGCGACGAUGAUGUCGGAGAAGACAAUGGCGGUGGUGACGAUGGUGGUGGUGAGGUGAAGAAGAAGAAGAAGAAAACGACCACCAAGACCACCACCACGACAACCAUCACAAAGGAGAGCUCAAAAAAUUCAGACGCGAGCAAGCGAGAAGGCUCCUUGAAGAGCAAAAGGAGAAAGAAGGGGAAGAAGAAUAAAAACGAUAUAAGUGAGGAAUCGCCCGCAGAGGACAGCCACAACAAAGUCGACAGCGGUGGUGGUGAAAAGCAGGCGACAAAGACGACAACAGUCAAACAAAGGAGGAAAAAGGAUGGUAAAACAAAGGCCCAUAAAGAUGAAGUCGGCGAUGCUGACAGUGUGAACAAAGAUGAACAGUCUGCAGCGAGCAGGAAGCGGAAAAAGUCAACAAAAAACGUCAGCAAAAAGAACGUCGCGGCGGAGGAGGAGGAAACGAGUGGAGGCGACGGCCAAGCGGAGAUUAAGAAGCGCCACAUUGAGGAGGAGGAGGAGGAGGCCACUGAGGCGCCGCCGCCGCCAAAGGCGAAAAAGAAGAAGUCGAAAAAGAAGUCGGAAAAGGCUAAAAAGACCAAAUCAGACGACGGCGAUGAUGGCGAUGGCAGCAAACCGGCGAGCAAAGCAAAGCGCAGCAACAGCGAGGACUACAGUAGCAAUGCAAUUGACGAUGCGGUGCUGCACCAUCACAUCGACGAAAAGCUGCCGGCAUUGGCGGAGAAGCUGAUUCCACCCGGCUCAAAGCACCACAUCUUCGUCAUUCACGUGCCAAUAACAACGACGACAGGUCACAAUGAUCAUGGUGGUGGUAAACACCAAAAGGAGUUCACCACCACGCUGACGGCGCCCGAGACGGUGACGGGCAAAAAGGAGGAGGACAACUUCAACCACUUUCUAAAGGUGUUCAACUUUUCACAGGAGGACGCGGUGGCGCACGGCCUGAAGGAGGUGGCCAAAACGGAGAAGGAGCUACUGCACGAGAAGGUGGAGAAGCCUCACACUGAAGAGGAGGCUGAUGAAAAGCUGAAACCUCAUGAUGAACAUGAUGAACAUAAAAAGAGCGAGCCGAUCCAGGAUCGCGACGACAACUACG